AUGGACUCCAUAGCAACUGGUGUAGGAAGCAAAUCGAAGCCUUGCACGAAGUUUUUCAGCACCGCGGGCUGCCCCUUUGGCGAGAGCUGCCAUUUCCUUCAUUAUGUUCCUGGUGGCUACAAUACCGUGGCCCAAAUGAUGAAUCUGCCUCCGGCUCCUGUUCUACCAUCAGGCCCGAGGAAUAUUGCUGGCCCACCUUCUGUUCAAACUGGGUCUGCUCCAACGGCAACAAAAACGAAGCUCUGCAACAAGUAUAAUACUGCCGAAGGAUGCAAAUUCGGCGACAAGUGCCAUUUUGCUCAUGGCGAUUGGGAACUUGGCAAGCCUAUCCCUCCAUCACCUCCUCACUCCAUGGGUGGUCCACUACCUGGCAGUCGCUUUGUGGGCAGGAUGGAGCCGCCACCUGUACCAGGUCCCGCUGCAAGUUUCGGUGCCUCAGCCACUGCCAAAAUCAGUGUGAACGCUUCCCUUGCCGGUGCCAUCAUUGGAAAGAGUGGGGUGAAUUCCAAGCACAUUUGUCGCCAAACUGGUGUCAAGCUAUCUAUUCGAGACCACGAGAGUGACCCAAACCUCAGAAACAUUGAGCUGGAGGGUACAUUCGAACAAAUCCAGCAAGCAAGCACAAUGGUGCGUGAGCUUAUUUCAAGCCUUGGGCAUAUUGGUAGGCCUGAAAGGGCAGCUGGAUUUGGUGGCGGCCCAGCAGCACCCCCUGGAAAUAAUUUCAAGACUAAGCUAUGUGAGAAUUUCGCCAAAGGUUCAUGCACUUUUGGGGAAAGGUGUCAUUUUGCUCAUGGGGCUGCCGAGUUGCGAAAAUCCGCCGUUAUAAGCUUUUGCUUUUUGAUAGUAUUUGGAAAUCAUGAGAGGCUCACUCCGCUUCUUGCUCCUCACCCACUCUUUUCAACAAACUAUCUCUCAGUUCACUCCACUUCAGUGAUAAACGCGCUUCCCUCUCCGCUCUCCCCACACGCGCCGCCUCUUUCAAUGGUUGCUUACGUUUCAAUUCGGAGCCUCCCCAAUCCGGGUUUGCUUAUUUUCCCCAUAUCCUCCAAACCCGUCAACCAAAUUUUCCAAAGAUUCCCUAACCUCGGCAAGAAUGGGGAUAAAGUAAAAGUUAGCUCAUUGUUUACUUGUAAAGCCAUGGUUGCUCAGACCGCCGGCGUUCAAGGGGCUUCCGCCGCCUAUGCUAAAGAAAUGGAAAGGCUUUCUGCUAAAGAGUCUCUUCUCCUCGCCUUCAAAGAUGCUGGAGAAUUUGAGGCAUUAGUCACUGGAAAAACAACUGAUGUUCAGCGGAUUGAUGUGAAUGAGAGGAUAGUUGGUCUUGAGAGACUCAAUCCAACUCCUCGACCAACAACGUCUCCGUAUCUUGAAGGCCGAUGGGAUUUCAAGUGGAUUGGUGAUGGAAGCCCUGAGUUUUUUGUUGCUAAAUUAAUAUUCGAGAGAUUUCCCACCACAAUAGCUAAUUUGUCAAAACUUGAUUUGCUGGUCAAGGAUGGAUAUGCAACCAUCACUGCAAGUCUGAAGUUUGUCAAUUCGAUAGAAAGUAAAGUCAUUAUUACAACUCGGUUAUCUGUUGAGGGACCUCUUAGAUUGAAGGAAGAAUAUGUCGAAGGGAUAUUUGAAACUCCUAAGAUCAAUGAAGAUUCCAUACCGGAACAGCUUAAAGGGGCAUUUGGUCAGGCAGUUAGCACUGUGCAGCAACUCCCUGCUCCCAUUAGAGAUGUUGCGAGCACUGGAUUGAAAGUCCCUCUUGGUGCUGGGAACUUCCAACGACUGUUCAUGAUAUCAUAUCUUGAUGAUGAAUUCUUGAUAAUUAGAGAUGCCAAUGGUGUUCCAGAAGUGCUUACAAGAUUGGAUCCUGCCCCCUCACCCAUGGAAGGAGAUUCAAUAACAGAAUACGAGAGUUGA